AUGCACCACGUCGAGCACCGGCUUGCGCGCGCCGCUCUCGGCCUGUCUGCCUGCGACUCCACGACUCCACGGCCGGACACUGACGCCGAACCUGCUCCGUAUACACACACGCACACACACACACACACAUAUAUACACACACAUAUACACGCACACACCACCCGCUACCACGUCAUGGCUGGCAUCAAGACCAUCAUCGGGCUGUCCUUUGUCCUCGCCAUCGGCUUUCUGCUCGUCAUCCUGUCCGCAGCGCUGUUCCACAACUACCUCACGCUGCUCGUCGUGGCGACGUACGUAGUCGCACCGCUCCCCAACUGGGUCUGCGGGCGCGCCGCGAGCCAGGAUGACUUCAUGGAGAGCGCAGGGAACGGCAUAGUCGACUUUGGCAGGUUCCUCACCGGCUUCUUCGUCGUCAUGGGAAUCGCGCUGCCCACGCUGCUCUGGCACUCGGAGCAGAUUGCCGGCGGCGCCGCUGCCAUGUCCAUGAUUGGCGGCCUCACCAUCUACUCCACCAUCAUCAGCUUCACCCUCUUCUUCCACGAAGAUCAAGACUUCUGA